UUGGGUGGUUUGUUGGUGGUUCGUUUGGUGGUUUGCCCCCCAUUCCUCGCUCCAUCUUCCCGUCCAAUCCCCCACGACCUUUUGGAGGCAUUCGGCGGCUCUCAUCCAGUCAAUCCAGCACACGCUCCCUAACUGAACUUACUGAGGAGAUGCUGUACUUUGUGCGAUGGUAGCUCAACGGUGCACAGACGCUGCACUGGCAACUUUGUCUGUACGUACCCAGUCUACUCUCACUACUCUCACUAACUCCCACUCUACUUUUACCACUUAACCUGGUUUGAGUGGUGCAAAGUGGUACAACGUGCUUUUGGUUACGGUGAUCCAGAAGUUGAAACAAGAAACGGAACACACACAUUUGGAGUAUCAGAUUCACAGCAAUUGUCUCCAAAUCCCUAAUAAAAACCCUCACUAUUCUGCCAUCUCUCCUUCUUAUAACCUCCUAUAAUAAACUAUUAAAUCGCUGUACCUGAACCUCCUGUAAUCUACACGCUAAUCCGUGAUCAUCCCACACCCCCAAAAAAACAAACGUCCGAUAUCUAGAACCAUCGAAUCGUCGCAUCGGGGCGGUGCCUCAAAGAUACCUUGGCACCACAAGAGAUCAGCCAGGCGGGUGGCAGACCGGGAACCAACGCCUCCUAGACCGCGUCACUGUGCGCCGUGCGCCGUGCGACACCAGGUAAAACCUCACACAAUUCCACGCCCGGAUGGCGAGCUGAGCUUGUGUCGCCCAACCCAACACACAUUUACAACAAACCCUCUCACCUCACCAUCCCACCUAGUCCACCUACCCGCACCACCACCGAAAACCUAAACACGAAUUGCCUUGUCCUCGACCCUGUCUACGCUUCUUUCCCCCAUCAUCCGCUUUCUCCGCGCAAAACCAGAAACGACAAAUACAAUCCCUUGUCAGCAACGAGCACAACGAGCACGCACUCUCGAGAACUAUAGGACUAUACUGAAGCUCACACCUCCCUGAGUCGCUCUGGCCGGCGACCCUUAAUGGCCUUCUUCACCACACCCACAUCAUUCAGACUCGCAAAUGGCAAUAAUGGCGUCGCCUCCAUCGUUGGCAGGUCCUUCACGGCCCACGCCUUCGACGGUCUCCAGCAGCCUGUCGUGAUGAGCCAUGAGGCGCAUCCGGAUCUCGGGCGCCUUAUCCUCCUCGUCUUCGAGGCGGUCCUGGAGGUCGUAUGCGUCAGCGUGCCGGGUUAUAUCAUUGCCAGGCAGGGCAUGUUUAAUGCGGAGCAGCAGAAGUUUGUGGCUAACUUGAAUGUUAUGCUGUUCACGCCUUGUCUGAUCUUCACGAAACUUGCCUCUCAGCUGACGGCCGACACUCUUGCCGACCUUGCUGUGAUCCCAGUGAUCUUCGCCCUACAAACUCUCGUAUCAUACCUGGUCUCCAUUGGAGUCUCCAAAGCUUUCGGUCUGGCUAAGCGUCCUGCGAAUUUCGUCACCGCAAUGGGAGUUUUUGGAAACUCAAACUCCCUGCCUAUAUCCCUCGUCAUCUCUCUGUCACAGACCUUGAAUGGGCUACACUGGGACAGGAUACCGGGGGACAAUGACGACGAGGUCUCGGCGCGCGGCAUUCUUUACUUGCUCAUCUUCCAGCAGCUUGGGCAGCUGGUAAGAUGGAGUUGGGGAUACCAUGUUCUGCUGGCCCCGCCGGAUCGGCCGGAGAUUGAAGAUGCGGAGGCUGCGGAGGAGGGGAGAUACAGAGAUGAUGAUGACAGCGACCUCUUGAUCCCAGGCUUGGAUGCUGAUGAUUCAGAUACCGAUGCGUACAAGGAUACUUUGCGCCAGAGCCACUCCUCGACAUCGUUCGACUCGGGUGGUAUAACGCCUGUUACCAACACGCAUUAUAUCCUUCCCGAUGACGAGUAUGAUAAUGAUGGAAGGAAGCGCUUAAACUCCUCAUCGACGGCACCAGAAGUUGACAGCAUUCUACAUGCUGAACAGCUGAGCAACAGCCUUACGUCGUUCCCAACCAUCAGGCAACAACAAAUCAGAGAGCAGCACAUCCCCGAUGGCAUCCGAGGAUUGGCAACGAUUAUCAGACUUCAAUCGAAGCGUGGCGCAAACUUUGUCUCAUCAAGGAUCAACGCCGUCUUCAGGAGUUUAUUCAACACCCUCCCAUACCCCAUCCAGAGGGUCCUCACCAAAUUCUACCGAGUCUCCGCGCGCUUCGGCAACGGCCUCUGGGAAUUCAUGAACCCCCCCCUCUGGGCCAUGCUCCUCGCCGGCAUCGUCGCCACCAUCCCCUCCCUCCAACGCCUCUUCUUCCAAGAAGACUCCUUCGUCGCCAACUCCGUCACCCGCGCCAUCACCCAAUCCGGCGGCGUCGCCGUCCCGCUCAUCCUCGUCGUCCUCGGCGCCAACCUCGCCCGCAACACCCUCCCCCAGACCGCACUGGAGGCGGACAGCGAGGAGAACCAGAUCGGGACGAAGCUGCUCGUCGCGUCGCUGAUCAGCCGCAUGCUCCUGCCUACCUUGAUCAUGGCGCCGUUUCUGGCGAUGAUGGCCAAGUACCUGCCGAUUAGCAUUGUGGAUGAUCCGAUCUUUAUUAUCGUGUGUUUCUUACUUACGGGCGCGCCGAGCGCGCUACAGUUGGCGCAGAUUUGCCAGAUUAAUGGCGUUUAUGAGGCGGUUAUGAGUAAGAUCUUGUUUCAGAGCUAUGUUAUUUGGAUUUUGCCGUCGACGCUCAUGUUGGUCAUGUGUGCGCUUGAGGUUGUGGAGUGGGCGAAGCCUAUGAGUACUUGAAGGGUGAUUACGGGGCUGAGUGAGUUUGCCUUUGUUCUGACUUUUUGCAUGGUGUGGGGUACCUUUGUUCGGUCAAUAGAUCAAAAGCAAAAAUAGGUCUAGGGGGAUGACUACGGGGUAGGAAGAAGCAAUGAAAGGCUGGUAUGGGAAUAAAAUGGAUACCCCUUUAUUGUAGGUGUACUUUAGUUUUUUUGGUUACACGAAAUACGUGGUUUAGUAGCAGCAGCAAAGCAGUGUUUAGGGAAAU